GGCCUACUGAGGGGCAUGUUUUGUUUGUGGAAGGAUUAAGAUUGUUGGUUUUCGGUGUAUUCUGUUGUAAAAGAGGAAUUUAUAUGAGCUGAUUAUGACUGUGUAGGUACAAGGAAUUAUCCCGAUUCUCAGAUUUAAAGAUCGUGUUCAAAAUGGAGCUAGAACACCGGAAAUAUCAACCAGCGCACACUGGAUUUUAGUGUACGAGGUUUUUACAGGCAGCCGGUGCAGAUAUUCUUUCUGUUGUAGCCUAGCUUCGUUCAUCACUCACAGUUCAUGGUGCACUCUAAGUGGUUUUACGAUGAUAUUCUUUUAGAUCCAUACUCCCAUCCUUGACUAUUUGUAGAUAAAAUAAUGUAAUUCCAAUAUUUCAUUUUAUAUUCAUUGUUUGUAAACAUCGAUCUUGUGUAUUAGAGUAGUCGGGGCCUUGUAACGGAUCUUUGUGCGUUAGAUGGGCCCCGUGUUCUCAGCACUUCAAGCUCAUAAACUGCUAUCGUAAUUUGUGAAUUAGCAAACUAAAGAGCUGUUUCUGUUCUAAGUGAAUGUAUUUUCUAACAUAGAAUGUGUAAGUCUUAGAGCGUGAGUCUUGUGUGUAUUGGGAUAAAGCCAUUGUGCAUUAGGAACAUGUUAUGUGGAUAAAGACGUUUUUCUGCAGCAUAUUCUCUACUAGAUGUAGAAUUUUAACUAUUUUUGACAAUGUAUAGGUAAUGUGAAAUAAAUCAAUUGAUAAAUUGGUUGAGUGGCUAGCUACCCGCAUCAGCAUUUACAAAUGUCCCUGGUAUUGUGUCCAGUAUAGUGAUGUCUGUGCUCAGGAAAGAGCUUCAGCUCCCGAUGCUGUCUAGGAGAUAUCCACUAUUAUGUGUGGUGAUUGUGAUGAUUUUGUGUGUAAUUUGGGGUGUGGAAGCCUGUCCCCCGGGCUGCACAUGCAUCACCCUAAAAGCCAAGGAUGAUAAGAGUGGGGAGACUCCAAGGAUAGGACGGGGACGCAAAGUCAACUGUGCAGAAAAUCUGUCGCCAAUAACAUCAGCAGAUCAGAUCAAAAGUCUCCCGCUUGAUACAGUUAUUAUUGACUUGAGUAAAAAUGCCAUUACUGUUCUGAGGCGAGCAUCCUUCAAUCGACUGUCUAUGCUGCGUAAAUUGGACCUGAGCAACAACCAGAUAAGUGUGAUUGAGGCAGGGGCAUUUGAAGGCCUGCAGAAACUGGAGAAAUUGGAUCUUUCCUACAAUAACAUUGGUAGUGUGAAUACGUCCAUGUUUACCGGAAUGUCAAGCCUGCAGAAAAUGUCCUUAUCCUUCAACAAGAUCAACACAAUUCCGGAAGGCACUUUUAGCGACCUCAUCUCUCUCCGUAAAAUUGACUUUAAGUCGGAUUAUCUACGAUGUGACUGUCACCUUCGCUGGAUAGCAAAAUGGAUGAAGGAAAAAAAUGUUCGCAUUCAGUCAUCCACGACCUGUGCGGUUCCCCAGGAGUUGAAGGAUCGCCCUGUGAAGAGCCUGAAGAAGAAAGACCUACACUGUGAUCGUCCGUUGGAGCUGCCUCUGUUUGAAAUCACGCCCAGUAAAAGCCAGGUCGUGUUUGAAGGUGACAAGAUUCCGUUCGAGUGUCAGGCAUCUGUUGUUGACGACAACAUGCACAUGUUCUGGGUCAGGAAGGGUGGCGUUGUAACAACCAAUCGCUCCGCUGGGAUCUACGUACACACGUACCCUUCACAGGACCGAACCAUGAUGACCCAUCGACUGUUACUAAAUAACCUUGGCAAGGACGACACAGGUAUCUGGCAAUGUAUGGUGACCACACCGCAGGGCAAUGUCUCUGAUGAUAUCAACAUCGUCGUCAUCUCAAGUUCCGCACUGUACUGUGUGGCCAUCACUUCGAAAACAGAGAGGGGCAUCUAUAAAUGGCCAAAGACAGUGGCAGGAGUGCGGAGCGAGCUUCCAUGUAAGCGAGGACAAGAUCGACUUGCCACCUAUGACUGCACACCAGAGGGUCACUGGCGUGACCUCAACGUUGACCAGUGUGAAUUCACCAGUGAUACAACCCGAAAACUCCAGGCUAUUGGCGAGAGCCUUACAGAUAAUUUGCUUGGUAACUCGAGUGGCUUGUUGAGGAUAAUGCGUAACCUGCAGAAGCUGGUGUUGACUCCCAGUCAAAUGUCGUACUCCACCGACCUGACCCUAGUGUCCCGCUCCCUGGAUAGGAUGGCGCCAUACGCCUACCAACAGGAGGAGUUGGCGGAUGCGCUGUUGAACAUUGUGAGCCUGCUGUUGAAUUUACCAGCCAGUAUGUUUCUAUCAGAACAGAAGGCAUCCAAAGCCUGUACCAGGCUAGUGAAUGUGGUGGAAGGUAUCCCUCACCAGUCCCGGAGGAGGAACAUCACCAAGUACUCGGAAAACAUCGCACUAGAGGCACGCACAGUCUCUGUAGAACAGUUUACAGGAAUUACUUGUCUGGCCUUCACCAGUAUCUUCAGCUGUCAAACUGGUAUUGUCGAUACCUCGGCCUCAUUCACAAAGAAACAAAAUAACCUACAGGGAUCCAUACAGUUACCACAAUCACUACUGAACAACAGUGGACAGCUGGAUACUGACACUCUCAAUCUCCAGUUCAUACUUUACAAGCAGACCAAGCUUUUCCCAAUAACCUCGUCGUUCCAUGACGACCCUGCCAUUGGAAACCAUUCCCGAAUUGCCAUUGUUUCCAGUGUGCUCUCCGCAAAUGUCUCUACUCCAGUCAAGAACCUAACGGAACCAAUUGUCCUCUACUUCAAAACCCAACGACCUUCAAAAAACCUUGUUGCAGCUUAUUGGGACUUUGAGGCCAAUGGUGGCUAUGGCGACUGGAGAACAGACGGAUGCCAGAUCCUACCAGACCCCAACGUAACUGUUGUUCACUGCUUCCAUCUCUCCAUCUUCACCAUCCUGGAGGUGAACAGGUCGGGUGAAUACGACCGGGGGAUGAUGUCGGGCACAUUACACCUGCUUCCCUACCCUGUUUAUGUGGGCAGCUGUAUCUGUCUCAUCUGUCUCAUGGCCGUCAUCAUCACCUACGUCUCCUGCUUCAGGUUUAUCAACGUUCCUAAGAAACUGAAGCACUCCGUGAUCAACAUCUGUAUCAGUAUCCUGUUGCUACUCAUCGGGUUUACCAUGGGGGUGAAGCGGACAGACCACCAUCUGGCCUGUCAGAUCGUCGGUGUUGGUAUCCACUACCUCACACUGGUCGCCAUGUUCUGGAUCACCAUAACCUCAUAUAACAUGCUGAAGAAAUUCAACAAGAUAAAUAAGCCCCCAGCUCCGCCUCCAGAGCCAGUGGCCAUGCCAUUACCACCAAAACCAAUGUUACGAUUUUAUCUGUUGGCCUGGGGGGUGCCACUCAUCGUGUGUGGCAUCACAGUGGCCGUCAGCAUUGAUCAUUAUUCGGAGCCUGAAUACUGCUUCCUGUCCUGGGACCCGAGUAUCGGAGCAUUCUAUAGCCCUACAGGAUUAUUAGUGGUAUUUAACUUAAUAUUUUUCCUGAGAAUUUCCCGAGUGAUUCACAAGACGACCAACAAUCUGAACGAGACUGACAAUACAGAGGAAGUUAAUGAUAUAGAGCUAACACAAAGCCCGGACGAUGGCACAACGGAGAUACAGGCGCUCACUAGCACUCGACGACCUCCAGAGGACGACACAGAGUCAAUUGCGUCGAGUGUCAUGGAUAUGGAGCGACAACCAAUCACACAACUGUACGCUGUAGUAGCCAUGUUGUUUCUGUAUAUAUUAUUUUACACAUGUGCGGGGUUUGCCGUAGCACAACCUUUCAAAAGUAUUAUCCCUCACCAGGAGCUUAUAUUCAGUUAUCUAUACGGACUUACAAGUAGUGCAUUUGGAAUAUUUAUGUUGGUUUAUUUCUGUCUUACGAGGAAGGAUUCGUGUUCUAGUUGGAGGCGAUUUUUCUUCUGUGAUCAAAAUCCUGUGUAUGAUGUGAAUUAUCAAGGGAACAAUCAUGUGGCUCUGUCGAAUGGUCAUGUGAUCCACGCCAACAACGACGUUGACAUGGAGAACAAAAACUACAACAUUACGCAGGAGGUGACUGACGGGUCGGUGAAACAGUCGAAUAUCACGCUAAUUCCCGCGCCACCAUUUCUCAGUGAUAGGGAGAGCUCGGUGACUGAGCCCCAAGAUCCUAACAAUGUGCCAAGCUUUUAUAAUCCAAAACAAAAUGGCAUUGCAAAGAAAUUCUGGGACAGGCAACGUCAUCAUUCUAAGUUAAUUACAAAGGAGAUGACAAAGGAUUUCAAUGGUAGUGGUACAGAUUAUUUUUCUGGCUCAGAGGCCAAUCAACGUGGAAACACAAGUGAUAUAAACACUCUAAUGAGUAUUGAGAUACAGAUUCAGCCUAACGGUAUGGCGGGCAGAUCUAAUGGAGUAUCCCCACCGGCUUCAUCCCUACCACUGUCUCAGCAGAAUCUCUAUCCAACCCAGCUUCUGUUGCCAGCCAUAAAAGGCUCCAGUGGGCCGAUCCCAAAGUUCUCCAUGUUACCGUUGGACCGUAACAUUAUCCCGCCAGUGGGCGGGUCUGUGUCACCAAUUACUGUGACAACAAGUCCUUGUUGUAGUACCGUGUCUUACACGGGGUCGCAGGUCGCCCCAGCCCAUGGGCGCUCACCUAGUGCCUGCUCCCUGGGGAUGCGGCCCUACCCCAGUGCUUUUACCCCUGUGCCCCCUCGUAACAAUACUCUACCAAAACAGGGUAAAAAUCCUACAACACAAAAUAACACAAAUUCUACUAGUCCUACGCAAGACUACAUGAUGCGGAACGGCUCUGUGCCUCGUCUCCGAGAUUUUGACGGCCAAAGUCAAAUAAGUGAUGCAUGUCCUCGUGAAAAGCAAUGGGGCAUGCAAAUGACAAAUAAUUACUUGAAUAAUAAUCAUCAUAAUAACAAUCAGGCGGCGCCGGUGUAUGACCCGCUGUCGCGCAUCAGUCCACAACAAAAGGUGGGCUGUACAUAUAAACAGUAUGGCUCGGUGGAUGAGCACAUAACAUCGGGUCCUCCCCCAGCCUACCACUUCUCACGUGCGCGGUCCUCCUCAGGUGGGUACAGCUCUGACACAAGUGGAAGGAUCCAGCGUAAACAUGAGCAGACAUUUCUACAGGAGGUACAUCAGCGGAUUCCUAGUGAUAACAGUAAAAAGGCGGUACAGGAUUAUAAUCACACGCAGUCUCCGCCGCCUCAGAACAAUCAAUCACCCGUGACUUCUGAUGUGUGUAAUAACACCAAGAUCUUCACCACACACGAUUCCGACAGUCAGAUACAUGUCAGGAGGAAUCGCGGCAAUGACUCUGAUCAUAACUCGGAACCAACAUCUCAAGCAUCUCAUCGAAGGCGACAUAGGUCACAUGAUCCACAACAUCGUCAUUCAAAACAUCAUAAACAAAGUGCCAAAAAGCUGCAUUCUUCUUCUGCUGAGUGGGAGGGUACACCCCGCCCUAAAAUGAUACCUUACGCUUAUGUUAAUUACCACUAUCAUGACAGGGUACGACAAAAACUCCAACGGAAGCACCCCGCGCCGCAAAGCCGUGCUUUCCCUCACUUAAUGGAGGACUCAAGCUCUAGUAGUGACAGUGAGGGUCUGGAUGAUAUCUGGGUGAUGCAGGAUAAGAACAAAAGCAAAAAAGAGACGAGUGUGUAGCUGUAAUGGCUCCCAGCAUUAUUUAUUUCACCGUUAGUAGUGUAAAGAUGUCAUCUCAUUUUACGUUAUGGUUGCCAAAGUCUUCAUUUCUUUUUUAAUGAGAUGAAUAAAUAUGUUUGUAUUUAUUACUAUCAUAUAUAAAAUAUGUAUUUUGAAUAUGUUUGUAUGGCAUGACUUUUGAUACAGACAGAAGUAUGAUUUUAUAGGUUGUACUAUUUAAUGUUUUGACCACGUGUGUGUAUUCAACGACUGGGUGUCUGACAGAAUUAUGAUUUAGGUGAAUGUUUUUAUUUUUUAGACCAUAUGUGGCAAUGAGAGUGCUGGAGUGUCCAUGUGAAUACCUUUGUCCAUUUCUCUAUGAGUAUCUGUCUUUGUAUCUGUUUGGUCCAUGAUGUUGCCAAGUCCAUGAAAGUAUCUGGGAGUCUGUGCAAGUAUCUUUUUGUCCAUAUAAGUAUCUGUUGUGUCCAUGAUUUGUCCAAGUCUAUGUGAGUUUCUGUGAGUCAAUAUGAGUAUUGGCUGUGUCUGUUUAGUUUACAAGUCUGUGUGAGUAUCUUGGAGUCUGUGAAGUAUCUUUGUGUCAUGCAUAUGAGUAUCUGUUGUGUCCAUGAUUUGUCCAAGUCUGUGAGUAUCUGGGAGUCCAUAUGAGCAUCGGCUGUGUCCAUGAUGUCUCCUAGUCCGUGCGAGUAUAUGGGAGUCUGUGAAAGUAUAUAUGUGUCUUUGUGAGUAUCUGUGAGUCAAUAUGAGUAUCGGCUGUGUCCGUUUAGUUUACAAGUCCGUGCGAGUAUCUGGGAGUCUGUGAAAGUAUCUUUGUGUCCAUAUGAGUAUCUGUUGUGUCCACGAUUUGUCCAAGUCUGUGUGAGUAUCUGUUAUGUCAAUGAUUUGUCUGUAAGAGUAUCUGUGUCCAUAUGAGUAUAUGUUUCUGAUAGGCUGUCAGUACUACAAUUAACUGUGGAGUAUGAGAACCCGGGUAAACUCUCACGUUGUAACAAACUAUCAUAAUUAACCGGUAUAUACCAAUUACUUCUUCUCUACCUCAGAAUUCAGAAUAUUUCUACUAUCAGCCCUAGUUUAUGUGUUCUAUCACUGCUUCUUUGGGAAUUCUCUCUUGUUUAAACUUUCAAAUUAUUUUUAUACAUUUAUAAUUUUAGAUAUUUGCUUAUGAUCUAUUAUCAUUUGAAAAGUAUUGCUGCCAAAAAUAUAUAAGAAAUCUUGAAAAAUCUAGCUUGCAGAAAAUGACUUUAAUUUUUGUUUUGACAAUUGCGCUGCUAAAAAAACCCUUGUAGACCUUUGGUGAAUAUUUUGUACUUUUGAUUAACACAGUAUGAAGUACCAUCAUUUUCAGUAAAAUUUUUCUAUUUUAUGUUGCUAUGUUGUUAUAUAAAUGCAAUCUAAGAAUAAUGUGAAUUGUGAGCCUAUCUGCAGGUUAAUACGACUAUUUUAAAGGACAAAAACAAAAUAUUUGACCGAGUUGAAGUAAUCUAUAGUUCCCUAGUUUAAAUAUUUCAUAGUGUUAGUAUCAAACAAAGCACUAGAUGAUACAGGGAGAUAUAUAAAAACGCAUUACCUUUAGACAUUCAAUGAAGAAAUAGGGAUAAGUUGACCUUUUUCUGCUCAUUACUCGCAUACAAUAUAUAUAAAAAAUGAGGAUAACUUACCACUGCCUUUACACUAUAAUAACUAAAGUACUUUACCUCCUUCCUAAGGACUUUCCACUAUAAUAACUAAAGUACUUUACCUCCUUCCUAAGGACCUUCCACUAUAAUAACUAAAGUACUUUACCUCCUUCCUAAGGACUUUCCACUAUAAUAACUAAAGUACUUUACCUCCUUCCUAAGGACUUUCCACUAUAAUAACUAAAGUACUUUACCUCCUUCCUAAGGACUUUCCUCUAUAAUAACUAAAGUACUUUACCUCCUUCCUAAGGACUUUCCACUAUAAUAACUAAAGUACUUUACCUCCUUCCUAAGGACUUUCCACUAUAAUAACUAAAGUACUUACCUCCUUCCU